CCCCCAGGGUGCAGUGGGGCAGGCGUUGCCGGGUCGCAGGUCCUGCCACUGCGAAUGUAGCGGCGGUCAAAGGCGCUCUGGCACUCAGCUGGACAGUGAGCGGCGGCAGCUAUGCUGGGGAGCGGCUGCAGGUGCCUCGGGGCACGCCUCGGCUGUCUGCCUGGCGGUCUCUGGGCCCUCGUCCACACCGGCCACCGGAGCUUGACCUCCUGCAUCGACCCUUCCAUGGGACUUAAUGAAGAGCAGAAAGAAUUUCAAAAAGUGGCCUUUGACUUUGCUGCCCAGGAGAUGGCUCCAAAUAUGGCAGAGUGGGACCAGAAGGAGCUGUUCCCCGUGGAUGUGAUGCGGAAGGCAGCCCAGCUAGGCUUCGGAGGGGUCUAUGUCCGAACAGAUGUGGGUGGGUCUGGACUGUCACGGCUUGAUACCUCGGUCAUUUUUGAAGCCUUGGCUACAGGCUGCACCAGCACCACAGCCUAUAUAAGCAUCCACAACAUGUGUGCCUGGAUGAUUGAUAGCUUUGGAAAUGAGGAACAGAGGCACAGAUUUUGCCCACCGCUCUGUACCAUGGAGAAGUUUGCUUCCUACUGCCUCACUGAACCAGGAAGCGGGAGUGAUGCUGCCUCUCUCCUGACCUCUGCUAAAAGACAGGGAGAUCAUUACAUCCUCAAUGGCUCCAAGGCCUUCAUCAGUGGUGCUGGCGAAUCGGACAUCUAUGUGGUCAUGUGCCGAACGGGAGGACCGGGCCCCAAGGGUAUUUCAUGCGUCGUCGUUGAGAAGGGAACCCCCGGCCUCAGCUUUGGCAAGAAGGAGAAAAAGGUGGGGUGGAACUCGCAGCCAACACGAGCAGUGAUCUUCGAAGACUGUGCUGUCCCCGUGGCCAACAGAAUUGGGGGUGAGGGGCAGGGCUUCCUCAUUGCCAUGAAAGGACUGAACGGAGGGAGGAUCAACAUCGCUUCCUGCUCUCUGGGGGCUGCCCACGCCUCUAUCAUCCUCACCCGAGACCAUCUCAAUGUCCGGAAGCAGUUUGGAGAGCCUCUGGCCAGUAGACAGUACUUGCAAUUCACACUGGCAGACAUGGCAACAAGGCUGGUGGCCUCGCGGCUGAUGAUCCGCAGUGCGGCUGUGGCUCUGCAGGACGAGAGGAAAGAUGCAGUGGCCUUGUGCUCCAUGGCCAAGCUCUUUGCUACACAUGAAUGCUUUGCUAUCUGCAACCAGGCCUUACAGAUGCACGGGGGCUAUGGCUACCUGAAGGAUUAUGCUGUUCAGCAGUAUAUGCGGGACUCCAGGGUCCACCAGAUUCUAGAAGGUAGUAAUGAAGUGAUGAGGAUGCUGAUCUCUAGAAACCUGCUUCAGGAGUAGAACCCACACUCGCUGUUGUGGCCUGGUGUUCACUGUGACUGCCUUCAGUGUUGAGUGGUGCCAUGUGGGCUGCUGUGUUCCAAAGGAAUCGUGGAUUCGACCCGAGGGCUGGGCUCCUCCAGGGCAGGACCUGCACCCUGUGUGUUGGUCGCAGCAGCAUCUCCCAGACUGGAGCAGAAUUCCCAGUGGAACCAGAAGAACUGGCCUGAUGAGAAAUGUCAGAAGAACACAUACUACCUUGUUUUCCUUCUGCCAGAAAGUGCAGAUUCACUGUCAGGCCAAAGUCCUUUCUGGGAUCCACUUUAUCUUGAUUCGUCUGCGUUUUGCUGGUUCACUGGAUCCCUCCUCUAUGGGCCUGGGGACUUUCACUGAGGCUCUUCGUGAUUGUACAGCAAAGGUGUGGGAAGGGGAGACGGGAGAAUGCCCUCCUGUCUGUGUCGUUCUCUGUGCCAUAGUUACAGAUGCAGAAGGUUUCUCUGAAUAGCACUCCUCUGAAUGUAAAUCAUGAUAAAAUGGGUAUUUAGGAAAGACUCCUGAGCUGUGAUUUCGAAUAUAUUUCUACUUCUGGACUGCCUGAAUAUCAAGGGCUGAGACUACGAUUUUGAGUAUUGGUUGGGUUUCAUAUUAAGAAGCCUGUGGCCUAGGAAUGGUACUCAUUCCUGAUAAAUACUUUGAAU